AUGGGAAUGAAUGUAGAGGAAAGAGAGACAGUUCGUCCCCCUGAUGGUGGCUGGGGCUGGGCUGUUCUGCUGGGAUGUUUUGUCAUUACGGGUUUCUCGUACGCUUUCCCGAAAGCUGUAAGUGUUUAUUUUAAAGAACUGAUGAAGGACUUUAACUGUGGGUACAGUGACACAGCUUGGAUUUCAUCCAUCAUGUUAGCCAUGCUCUAUGGCUCAGGUCCAGUCUCAAGCAUUAUGGUUAAUAAAUUUGGAUGUCGUCCAGUUAUGUUGGUUGGAGGAUUAUUGGCAUCAGGAGGAAUGAUAGGUGCAUCUUUCACGACUAACAUUAUUCAGCUUUACCUCACUGCUGGUGUCAUCACAGGUCUCGGCCUGGCCUUGAACUUCCAACCAUCGCUGAUUAUGUUGGGGUCUUACUUUGAUAAACGCAGACCACUGGCCAAUGGACUGGCUGCAGCUGGAAGUCCUGUAUUUCUGUCAGCCCUUUCUCCAUUAGGACAAGUACUGCUGAACCACUACGGAUGGAGAGGAGGUUUUCUCAUAAUGGGUGGUCUUCUUCUAAACUGUUGCACCUGCGGAGCAGUCAUGAGACCCCUGAAACGUAAAGAAAGAAAAUCUAUGGCCAAAGGAGAGGUCUUCUCCCAAGAGCUCAACGAAAUGCUGCCUUCUAAGGUUGGACAAGAGAGUGACAAAUGUAAAAAUAAUAAUGAUGGAAGGCCCAGGAAGAAGAAGAAGCUUUUGGAUUUCAGUGUGCUUCGUGACAGAGGACUUAUUAUUUAUAUUAUUGCAAAAUUUAUAGUUGUUCUCGGACUGUUUGUUCCAACUAUUCUCCUAGUCAACUAUGCUAAGGAUCAAGGUGUGCCUGACCAGGAUGCUGCCUUUUUGUUAUCUAUUAUAGGAUUUAUUGACAUCUUUGCCCGACCCACAUGUGGUAUAGUCGCUGGUUUCAAAUGGAUGCGACCUAAGACGGCAUAUUUCUUCAGCCUGGCCUUGCUCUUCAACGGCCUAACAGAUGUUUGUUCAGCCACAAACACAGACUACAAAGGGCUUGUUAUCUUUUGUGUAUUUUUUGGGCUCUCUUAUGGCAUGGUGGGUGCUCUACAAUUUGAAGUGCUGAUGGGCAUUGUGGGAACGAGCGGUUUUUCCAGUGCACUUGGCUUGGUGCUUCUCAUUGAGGCAGUGUCUGUGCUGAUAGGGCCUCCUUCUGCUGGUUAUUUGGUGGACACUUACAAGAACUAUGAACUUAUUUUUUACAUGGCCGGAGGAGAACUAAUCACAGCUGGAAUAUUUCUCGCCGUUGCAUCAUUCUGCUGCAUUAAACAAAAGAAAAGCAAAGACUCGCCUCAAAUGCAUCAUGCUGAAGAGGCAAACAAUCACAUUAAUCAUGAAUCCUAAAAGAUUA